GCCCCUUCCCGGCGUCUGGCAGAGCAGGGGCCGGGUCUUCUCGUGAGCGGCCGCAACUUGCAAAGCGAAUCCAAGGAAGCGGGCAUCGUGCAAUUGGUGGGCAGCCGGGUACCCUUCCAAGCAGGCCUCGAAAGCCUCCUGGAGGAUGUGCGAAUUUGGACGCCCUCAGCUCAACUGGUAAUGAUAGCAGGCACGCGUCUUCGACUUCAAGGAGGGAAUGUUCAGGUGCAGCGUGCCUGCGACAGCCAAGGGAACGCAGCCUCGCGCUUGGUCAUCCGGGACGGGACGCUCCUCCAGAGCCCAGAUACAG